AUGGAUUGUGUACUUAUUGUAAAAGAUUCCGGACGUAAACUAGUCUCCCGUUCGGAUGUCCGGGUGGAGACUACCUUGAGUAAAACAAAACAAAACUAUAAAAGAGUAGGCACAUGGAAUGUAAGAACCUUGAGAAGAAGCGGAAAGUUUGAAAAUUUAAAACUAGAAAUGAGAAGACUAAAUAUUGACAUUAUUGGGAUAAGUGAAGUAAGAUGGCCAGAUCCCGGUGACUUUUGGAGUGAUGAGUACAGAUUCAUUCAUACAGGCUCGGAAAAUGGACAUACUGGGGUAGGCAUCAUCAUGAAUAAACAGUGUGGAGAAAGUGUGAUCAGCUAUUAUCAAUGUACAGAUAGGAUCAUCAUGGUUAAAAUUAACACUAAACCUGCUAUUACAACGAUUAUCCAAGUAUACAUGCCAACAUCAUCACACAAUGACGAAGAAGUUGAAGAAACUUAUGAUAAAAUAGAUGAAGUAAUGGCGAUGACCAAAGCAGGGGAAAAUGUUAUAAUCCUGGGCGACUGGAAUGCAGCAGUAGGCGAAGGGAGAGAGAGUAACAUAACGGGUAGUUAUGGCUUGGGAACCAGAAAUGAGAGAGGAGAACGACUAAUACAGUUCUGUACACAACACAAAUUGACAAUUGCAAACACUUUUUUCCAACACCAUAAAAGAAGAUUAUAUACCUGGAAGAGGCCGGGAGAUACUGCGAGAUAUCAAAUCGAUUACAUUAUUACUAAACAACGCUUUAAAAAUCAAAUUAAACAAUGA